GCCUCGAACCACCGCGCUCGCACAUCAACUUAACUGUGCACGGAGCGAACUAAUCACCAAGCCGGCGGUGGAGGAAGCGGAAACAGACUCUAGCAUAUUUUUCCUAUUAUUACAAGAACCAUGGACCUCAACAGAGGGAUAUCCACCAGAAUCAAACCUUUUUUACCUAUUCACAGCCAGCAACACCAAUACAAAAUGCGCAACAUACGUCCGCAAACAUACCAACCUCAAACCAAAACAUCACUACACACAUGAUAAUUUCAUAGUAUCGAUUACGGUAGAAAUCCAGAACAAGAGAACCCAAAUCCUAAACAUAUACUUCCCAGGCCGAAGUGGCCCCUUCGCCCAAAUAGCAAAUACAAUCCAAACCCUCGACAAUUGCGUAGUAAUGGGAGACUUCAACUGCCACCAUCAAAUGUGGUACGGAGUAACCUCACAUGAAUACAGAAACAACAUUCGAGCAGACCGCGCUAAUGGUGCACGGCUAAAACAAUGGAUAACCCGACAGAAACUGACCCUCCUGAAUGAACCAGGAGUCUACACGCAUUUCCCUAGAGACAGAGAGAAAAGGCCCACAAUCAUUGACCUUACAUUUGUAAAAGGCCCAAUACUUGACCACAACCUACGAUGGAGCACUGAACCCUAA